AUGGCCGAUGUUCACCUCAACCCUGAAGUAUACCCCGAUCCCGAAAAGUGGGAUCCAUCACGCUACUUGGCAGAGAAGGCAGAGGACCACAAGACAAAGUUUGGAUUCAUCGGCUGGGGCGCGGGUAGGCACCCAUGUCUAGGCAUGAGAUUUGCGAAACUCGAGCAAAACAUCAUCCUCGCCUUCUUCCUCGCCAACUUCGACUUUGCCUUGUCGGACAAGCAUGGCAACAAGAUGGAAGGCGUGCCAAAGAGUGACUUUAACACUUUUGCCGCGACCAAGCCAAAAGACAAGAUUUACGUCAAGUACAGCGUGCGAGGCUGA